AUGGUGGAUAGAAUUAAAAUGUUGGGCGAUGCUUUGCCACGCAUGUUGAAUUGUUUGGACGUCCAAGCGCUUGGUUCUGCUUCAAUGGUUUGUCGUGAUUGGGCGGAGUUGUCCGAGACAUGCUGGCGCCAGGUGUUUGCUUGGCGAUGGCUGGGAUCCUUGUUCGAGCUCCGGCAGGUGCAUUCAUCUUGGAGAGUCUCCUGCAGCUCUCGUGCUCGUGCACGCCGUGCAGAUCUUCGUGUUGUCUCUGGCAUGUGGCACCUCAUCGGCACCGUGCGGGACAACAAGGGAGAAAUGGCAACCGAAGCAGAUUGCUGCUUUUCCAGUGGAAGUCUUGUCAUGCAAGGGCAGGCCGUACAUAGAAGACAGGAUGCGGGCGGCCAUCGAAUAAUACUACAUGGAGUUUGGCAGGGCAACCUCUGUGCAGACAUUGUGGCCCUUGGCGGCAAGCGAAAGUGGUGCCUAGCCUGGAAGGAGAAAAUCUCGGAGGUGCCGGGUGCUUAUCACUACGCUGGCCAGCUAGAUGAACUUCCUGAUGGGCGUGCUGUCUUGAUCUCAGACCAUGCCAGUGUUGGACUUCCUCUCACCCCACAAGCUUCCUAUAGGUCCUUCGGGGCGACUUCCGGUGGCUUGGCCGGGUGCGCGGCACGUUCGACUACAUCAUGGAAAGACUGGAAACUGUGCACGGGAAAAAGAGUCAACAGACAUAGUAUCCGUGGAUGA